AAAGAUUAUGCUGAAAAAAUAACAACAUGACUGACUGCAGCGGUACCGGCAGCGAUGCAGAUGGCUUCACAUUUGUUGCAAGAAAAAAGAGGGGCAGUCGGCCCAGAUUUAGUGAGAAAAAGAGUGGAGGGAAAAGGAAGGGUAACCUCGAGGUAGUCCAGUCUACAAAAGAAAGCAGUAAUAUCGACAAAGUGGCCAUUGAAAAGAAAAUUUUUCUUGCGAGGGAGGAAUUGCAGAUAAGUGACUUCUAUAGGAGUUUUCAAGAGUCACUCUUUGCUGCUUUGAAUGAAAAGAGGUCAUCUGCAGUUGAAAAAGACAGUGGAAAUAUUACGGUAGUAAAUCAACAGAAGGCAAGCUAUUCAUCUUCAGAAGCAAAGGCCCCUGGAAACUACAAUAAGAACUUACAGGAUACUCCAAAUGGUGGAACAGAUUUGAAUUCAAAAACAGCAGAAGAUGGACCGUGUGGGAUCAGGACUGAACACGAUGAUGAUCCAUGCAGUGCUCGCCAAGACAGUUCAAAAAUUGACAGCAAGAGCUCCGAAGAUGACUUUGUGGGUAACCAGAGAGAUGAAGUCACAGAGAUCAAGGGUCCAGCCAGGGAUGGGGUUGUCAGCGGGUCAGUGCACACUGUGGUGUGCUAUGGACUUGGCAACUUCACAGAUUGCGCCAUUGCGAGGUACCAGCUGGCAUUGCUGCUGCUCAUUUGUGAAGGACUGAAGAUCAAGUCCUCUGAGUGUCAUGUGUAUGAUCCCAGAUUUACGGCUGAAGAGAUGCAGAUAUUGUCAAGUCUUGGCUUGGACAUCAUACCACAGAAUGAGGAGUGUAAGAGAGUAGCUAGUGAGCCAACGCUCUUCUACAUGCCUCAUUGCGGCAAACCACUUUACAACAACCUGCUGUGGGCUAACUGGAGUGUGGAAGGACUUGCAGGCAUCACCAUCAUCGGCAACAGCUUCAAGAAUAUCCAAGAAAGAUUACCAAGCAGAGUGUUGCAAGACUUUCGUUACUUACAGCAGAUUGCCCCACACGUGAGGGAGUUCCCCAUUAAAAGCAACUUUCGUUUUAUGGACAUUUUCAACGACACGUCCAUCCACGUCUUUCCGCAAGAGAGGCUGCGGGAAGUUCCCUGCGCAUUCUGGGAUAGUCAGGACAAGCCGCACUAUGAUCUAGAUGCAGCGACUGAGAUCAUCCUUUGCAAGGAUGGGCCACCUUGAUCGGUUCACACACAGCCUUGGGGGAGGUGCCGUGACAGCACCCUCAUGGUGAUUCAAACUGGUUGUUACUCAGCAGCUGUUCAUUGGAGUCCGGCAGGCUGCGCACUCGACGCUCCCUCACACACGACUAAAGACAGACGGAGCCAUCACCCGCGUGCUGUGGUCACAACACUCGGGCAAAGACGCUAUUGGUUCUUUUGUUUGUUCGCCUUGUCAAGUGAAAAUCAAUCAUGGUAACUUUGCAGAGUAAGAAUGCGAUCAAUUGUAGGUAUGCUGACCCAGGGGAAAAUCUUUGUUGGGAGAACGGUAAAGGGUGCACUCUGUCCCACGUAUUGGAACACCGGUCACGCGUAUUGCCAUGUUUGGUAAACCAGCUACACUGAUUGU